AUGCAAACACAACAAUCAACUUUUUCACACUACUUUAACCCCAGCCCUGCUAACAAAGAUGUAAUACAAUAUCCGGCAGACCGACAGCAAACCAAACAGAACGGUCUCUCGCAUGAGCUGAGAGGGGCCAUAUAUGUAUUGUAUGGUCUAAGGAGCGAGAGAGAGCUCUGGGCUGACUAUAUACUGUACGAAGAAGAAGCUAGUCCUAAUGAGGUGCAAGCAAAAGUCAGUGGGUUUAUGGAUAGUGAGCGAACGAGCACGCUAGGCCUUUCUAUAUAUAGACAAGACAAUAUUAUUGUGAAGUGGGCAUGGUGGAGAAAGCGUGGACAAUAUUAUAGUUGGCGAAACUCCUCAAACCUUAUAACUCUGAUAGCAAGCGGAGAUUCUUUGGGGAUCAAGAUGUUUCGCCCAACAUCGAUACAUCAGCAAGAUAGAUAUAGGGCCACUUUGGACUCAUUAAGGGUUAGACUUGGCACUUUAGGCGCUAGUGACUCCAAAAGCGGCGACAGAAACCCUCUAAAAAAAGGAGAGACGUACUUCCUGCAGUCGUUAAUAUGA